AACUAAAUUCCGUAAUGGAAUGGUAGGGUUAAAAAAAAAGGAAGUGUGGAAAAAAUGACAAGAAGAUAUUGGAACAUUAAUUUGAAAGAGAUGAUAGAAGCAGGAGUUCAUUUUGGUCAUGGUAUUAAGAAAUGGAAUCCUAAAAUGGCCCCUUACAUUUCGGCAAAGCGUAAAGGUACUCAUAUUAUAAAUCUCGCUAGAACGGCUCGUUUUUUACCAGAAGCUUGUGAUUUAGUUUUUGAUGCAGCAAGUCAGGGAAAAAGUUUCUUAAUUGUUGGUACCAAAAAAAGAGCAACAGAUUUAGUAGCAUCAGCUGCAAUAAGGGCUCGUUGUCAUUAUGUUAAUAAAAAGUGGUUCAGUGGUAUGUUAACGAAUUGGUCGAUUACGAAAACUAGACUUUCUCAAUUUAGAGACUUAAGAGCAGAAGAAAAAAUGGGAAAAUUCCACCAUCUCCCAAAAAGAGAUGUGGCAAUCUUGAAGAGAAAAUUAUCUACCUUGCAAAGGUAUCUCGGCGGGAUCAAAUAUAUGACGAGAUUGCCAGACAUUGUGAUCGUCCUUGAUCAGCAAAAAGAGUAUAUAGCUCUUCGGGAAUGUGCCAUUUUGGGGAUUCCUACUAUUUCUUUAGUCGAUACAAAUUGUGACCCGGAUCUCGUGAAUAUAUCGAUUCCAGCCAACGAUGACACUAUGACUUCAAUUCGAUUGAUUCUUAACAAAUUAGUAUUUUCAAUUUGUGAGGGCCGUUCUCUCUAUAUAAGAAAUCGUUGAUUAAGAAUAUAUAGUGAAUUCUUGGGCAACUGCGUAAAUUUAUGGAAUCACUUACUUUACUAUAUCUUUUUUUUUUGCAUAGAAUUUUUUUUGCAUAGAAAAAAGAAGGGGAAUAUUGAUAUAUAUUAGAGGGUAUUGAUAUAUAUUAUGAUCUGAUGUGCUUUCUUGGUAUCCUAAAUAUAAGAUUAAUACUUCAAGUUGCUGAGUUGAGAAAGAGAUGGUUGAAUCAAAAGAAUUCCUUUUUUGAAGUUCAAUUUUUAUCAGAGGACAAUAUGAAUAUUAUACCUUGUUCCAUUAAAACACUCAACGGGUUAUACGAUAUAUCGGGUGUAGAAGUAGGCCAACACUUCUAUUGGCAAAUAGGAGGUUUCCAAAUUCAUGCCCAAGUACUCAUCACUUCUUGGGUCGUAAUUACUAUCUUGCUAGGUUCAGUUGUCAUAGCUGUUCGGAAUCCACAAACCAUCCCGACCGACGGUCAGAAUUUUUUUGAAUAUGUCCUUGAGUUUAUUCGAGACUUGAGCAAAACUCAGAUUGGAGAAGAAUAUGGUCCCUGGGUUCCCUUUAUUGGAACUAUGUUCCUUUUUAUUUUUGUUUCGAAUUGGUCGGGUGCUCUUUUACCUUGGAAAAUUAUAGAGUUACCCCAUGGGGAAUUAGCAGAGCCCACGAAUGAUAUAAAUACUACUGUUGCUUUAGCUUUACUCACGUCAGCGGCAUAUUUUUAUGCUGGUCUUAGCAAAAAAGGAUUGAGCUAUUUCGAGAAAUAUAUUAAACCAACUCCAAUCCUUUUACCAAUUAACAUCCUAGAAGAUUUCACAAAACCAUUAUCACUUAGCUUUCGACUUUUCGGGAAUAUAUUGGCGGAUGAAUUAGUCGUUGUUGUUCUUGUUUCUUUAGUCCCCUUAGUAAUCCCUAUACCGGUCAUGUUUCUUGGAUUAUUUACAAGCGGUAUUCAAGCUCUUAUUUUUGCAACAUUAGCCACAGCCUAUAUAGGUGAAUCCAUGGAGGGUCAUCAUUGAAUUGACUCUUUUUGG